CGCGACGAACCAUCGUCUCCGACCUUGAGGGGGUUUCGCGAUCCCGAAUUUAUCUAAUCCGACGACAUAGCGAUACUUAUUUCCAUCCAAAAUGCCCGAUAUAAGCAAUGCCCUGGACCCUGCGGCUCUGAGCCGUCCAUCAGUCAACCUCUCGACACCCAUCCUUAAAUCGAUAACCGUCUCGGCGCCCUCCUCCCAAAAAGUCACAAAGACCUCUCAGAUAAUACCUACCCGUAUCGAUUUGGAGCCGCUGUACACUGCACUCAAGUCGGCCAUUGGCAGCGAACAAUGGACUAUUUACAAGGAAUCUACGACCCAGUUCAUUUUGGGGCGACUAAAUCAGGCCGAGUACUCGGAGCGCAUCGAUCCCAUCCUUGCUUCGCCAAAUGGCGAAAGAGAUCAUUUGCACAAUCAACUACUAGCCGCGAUAUAUGGCAACCUUACAAGGGAAAUGCCCGAUUUGGGCUUGGCCCCCUGGGUUUCUGCGAAUGACAAACCGACAGCUGGAGUCGGCGCAAAGCCGAUUACUGGAGAUGCAGCUGAAAGGAGGUUGAAAGGUGAAGUAAUGCAACUUCCAAGUAGGGAUCGAAGGCGCAUCAAGGAGUUGGCAUUAAAUGAUUUCGAUCCGUACGAAUCCAUGACCAGCAUGUUUUCAGACCUUCACCGUGGAAGAUCUGCGAAAGCCCCAGACGUACCUCCAAGUGCCAGUGGCGGUCUCAAUAAGAUGAACUUUGACUUAGAGAUUCGUAAAAGGUAUGCGCAACCAUUGGCUAUCGAGUCUGGAGAGUUUCCAGAUGUUGCCAGUAUUGAAUCAAGGAUGAUGCCCAUGUGUUACGAGGCAGGCCUUGUCAAUGGCCACGUCUCAGAUGCGGCGCAGCUCAUGACAGUCGCAACCGAGAACAUGGUGAAGGAGUUUUUGUCUUCAGUCCUGGCGAGGACGAGAAGUAAUGGCCCUGGGGACUCUGGCAGUGCCGGGUUUGGCUCAGGGUCCAGUUGGGUCCAAACUCACAAGUACCGGCGUCACCUUCGACGCGAGGAAGCAGCAUUGAUGCGCGGCGAGAUGGCGCGAGAUAAGAGUGGCUUGUUACCAGUGGAAUCUAAAGCAGCAAACGAAAGAGCUCCUUUGGGGAUGGCCGACUUGCGCCUGGCCCUAGAGAUAGGCGACUGUGGCCUUGGUUCCUUCCCCAUCGUGGCCAAAUCCAUCAUGUACAACUACCGGGAAGGCGAGCUGGAACACUACAACGACUACACCUGGAUUGAGGGAAGAAACCCAGCCGAGUCGAAUGCUGUUGAAAUGGGAAGUGACAUAAACGGUGCGAGCUCCAGUUCUCUCACGAAUGGAGUCACUCAUGCAGAACCAAUGGAUAUCGACGUCGACGAGCUAUGGGGCUGGGAAGGCGCGGAAGACACAGACAUGCAGGCGAUCGACAGUGUCCUCGACUCUUGUCUUGCAGUCGCCUCGUAGAAAGAAAGAGGACGGUAGGCCGGUGCUGGCGGGCUCAGCUCACAGCGAAAGUGAGCGAAGAGUGGCGUACUUGGGUACGACGAUCACGGACCACGGCUGUACUCGAGAGAAAGCUUAUAUAGCCGCGAGGGAGGUCACUUCUGCUAUGUAUAUGACGGGAGAGA